AUGGGUACUCCGAGGGGAUUCAUGACAGACCUACCAAAGCAGUUCUCUGGUGCCCAGAUGAACAGAAGAGCCCCUGGGACUCCCCAGACCUACUCUUACUUCUACAUGAGUGAUGACGGCACUGAAGAGAUACCACAAGACAGAGUGGAUCACACAACGCGGAAGAAGCACCAAAAACGCACCUCAUUUAUGCAUACGCAGCAAGAACAGUUGGAGGCUGUAUUUAGCUACACCAUGUUUCCAGAUAAAAAUCUCCAGAAGGACCUCGCUUUGAAACUCGAGCUACCAGAGUCAACAAUAAAGACUUGGUUCAGGAACCGCCGAGUCAAAGUGAGGAAGCAGCAGCAACAGCCGUCACCAAAGCAACUAAAUCAGAUUCUUCCAGCCAAGAUUGUGCCCACCUCACCCACAACAUCAACCAAUCCUUACUCCUUUUUUCCUGCAGUUUCAGAUUUCUGUAGCUCCCUUCCACCUCAGCCCGUGGGCCCUUCCAGUUUGGCACAGGAUUCUUUCAUCACUGGGAGUCCCACAAGUGAUGACCAAAUGCCAGAUCCUCGGUUGGAGGAGCUGGUGGCCUCAGUUCCUGCUUUGUACUCUGAUGCCUAUGACAUAGAGCAGAUCAUGGAACUGUACAGUUUUCCUGAUGAGGAUGAGACACCCAGCACUUCUUUCCACUGUCUGUAUCAGUAUCUCUCCCGCAGACUCCAGCUAGAAGAAAAGGGUUCUUCUCUUAGAUUCUUUGCUGAUGCAGCUUUAGGCCUAUCGCCUCAGCAAACAUCAACCAGUGUGACAAGCUGAGUCCUUUUAGCCCACAGCCUAAGAGAUAGCCUAGAAUUCCAGAAUCCCUUCAGUAUGGAGAACUUUGAAUUUCUCUGA